AUGUGCGGGACACUAUGUGCCUCAACUUGCAGAGCUUAUACUUUAUCUUCGUUUGGUUGGAGUUUUGUUUCGAUUGGAGCUUGGAGGUUUCGAUUUAAUUGGAGAUCUAAGUUCAACUCCCAAGAAUUUUGCUCUAAAGAUAGUUUUGGUCUAUCCAUUAUUUUCCGCACUUCUGAACUAGCAACUGCAAUACUGAUAGACUUGAUAUCGCAAGAGUUCAACGAGAACAAAGCGCGAUUUCAUCAAGACGUUAUUCAGUCGAUUCAUGAAGAAGCAGGUGGAAAUGCUGCGAGUAGAAAAACUUGCUCAAGAGAUGGAAGAAAAAAUAGAUCCAAAGGUUCGAGAGAAUGUCAAGGCGUUGGUGUCCAAGUUGGUAGGAAAAAAAUCAAGACUUCAAGAUUGAUAUUGAAGACCUCAGUGUCGAACCGACGUAUGAUUCCUCUGCAAGUGGAGCCAACACAUCCAACACAGAGAUUACUUGAUCUGAUCCGUGAUGCACUUAGAUACUCUAACCAUAAUUUGCAAAGUUUAACUUGUAAUGUAGUUAUGACUUAAAAUAUUUAUGAAUUUGAACUGCUAUUUCAGUUGGAUGGUUGAAUUAUGAUUGUUGCAAAACUUGGAUGAAUGAUUUAUGGUUGAAUCAGAAUAUGUGAUUG